AAAAGAAAUGCAUUGCAUGCGAAGCUUGGUCAUGUCGACGUCUUCCUCAGCGCCGUGAUUCUCAUGGCCGCGCGCGCCGUGCACGGCCGUGCGCUGGCGGCGCUGGGCCGUCGAGCAGCACAGCGGCUGACGGAGUUCGAUGCCCAGGGCGUGGCCAACUUGGCAUGGGCUUUGUCCACCUUGCGAAGCCCGUGUGAGCCUUUGCUGCAGCAGACGUUGACCCAGAGCCACUCGCACCUUUAGCAGCUCAGCCCUUAGGGCAUGGCCAACAUGCUGUGAGCGUGUGCGUGAGCCCAGCUCUACGACCAGGUCUUGCUCACGGCCGUGCCACACUUCAGCAGCCAAUGGGACGCUCAGGGCGUCGCCAACGGUGCAUGGGCAUGCGCUGUCCUGUCGCAGGCUCAUGAACCGUUGUUCGAUGUGCUGGCUGAAGCAGCCAUCCGGACUUCACCACAAUCCUCCCAGCAGAACGUCGCCAAUCUUCUGUGAGCCUUCGCCACUGUCCUCGUGCAGCGUCCACCAAUGGUGGCGGCGCUCGUGGCGCGUGCGAUGUCCAGCCAAUUGGAGUGGACACCGUAGGGCGUGGCCAACAGAGUUUAGGCCUUGACGUUGUUGGUGGUGCCUUUUGAGAAAAUGCUGGUGGGCUGGCCUUUUCAGAUCUCUCAGUCGACGCCACAGAACGUGUCCAACCUCGCCUGGACGAUUGGGAAGGUGUGGUCAAAGGACAGCGCGGCCGGAGCGAUUGUAGAAAGCCUUAAGAAUCGACUGGGAGAAUUCCAAGCGCGGCACUUAGAAUCACGCCGGCCGCUUGAAACGCUCGACUUCCAACUCCUCCUCCUUUGCCAAUAGCGCUUGGAUCUUCGCCACCAUACGCAGGGUGGAUUUGCCCGUCAUGGCGGCCGUUGCUGAAAGCUUUAUACGUGCAGGUCCAGAAGGUGCACUGCCACAAGAUGUGGCUAACAGCUUGUGAAGCCUGGCGAAGGUGGCCUUGCUGCAUCGGCGCUUUCUCCAGAUGGUUGGCAAAGCCAUGUGUGCGAGGCUUUGGGAGUAUGACCAGCAGAACCUCAGCAACAUCUUGUGAUCUUUCACCGCGCUGGCGGUGCUUGAGAGGCCUUUGGUGGCUCUGGCCACAUCAGCAGUGGCGGAAGGACCACUGCGCCCGCAGACGCUGUCGAACACUGCGUGGGCUUUAGCGACCCUGGAGAUGCUUGAGGUGGCCUUGAUGGAGCGGCUGGGCGAGCGCAGUCUCCAAGUCAUGGGGGAGUUCAAAGUGCAGGAGUUGGUGAACACUGCUUGAGCCUUUGCCACCUCCGCGCUGAUCACCCUGCCACUGCUGGCGGCUUUGGCGAAGGCUGCGCGCCGGUGGCCGGUGGAGGCCUUGCAGCCGCAGGACAUCGCAGGUCUCGCCUGGUCCUUGGGAGUCUGCAGCUUUCCGGACCCGAGUCUCUUCGAUGCCUUUGCCGCAUGCAGUCUGGAAGGCUUUGGACCUCAGGACCUGGCCAACAGCGCCUGGGCUUUUACCGCAGCGCGCGCCCAGGCUGGGCCGCUGAUGAGACGCAUUGGAGAGGCCUCAGCCCUUCAGAUCGCCCACUUCGAUGCCCAGGAUUUGGCCAAUGGCAUGUGGAGCUUCGCCAAGCUGGAGGAGCGUCCGCCCGAGCGCCUUUGGUGCUCGUGGCCAGAUCAAGUCUUUCAGACAUUGCAGGAGGCCACCCUUCAAAACCUCGCCAUGACCACCUGGUCCAUCGCCACCCUCGGCAGCCCCACACCUGCGCUGCUGGCUUUGAUGCCGAAGGUCGCUGCAGAGGCGGCGCUACGUUUGGUGGGAAAACGCAUCUUGCCAAACAGAUCAGCUUUGCAAGAGAUCUCGAACUUGCUUUGGUCCUUCCCCACCUUGGAGCUCUCGAUUCCAGAGGAGCUGCUCACCAUCUCAGAGCAGCACUUGCAGAAGACUUUGCCCCAGCAGCUGGCGCAAGUGCUUUGCCAGGUGCAAAAGGAGACGGCGCAGGAGCCACAGGAGGCCUUUGAUUUCGCGACGUCCAUCUUGGAACUCACCUGGGCCUUAGCCUUCUCAGGUGAUGGCGAUGGGCCCAGGGGGGCGCUGUUGACGUUGCUGCGCAACACGUUGAUGGAGGUGGCAGAGGCCUUGGACCGCACCUCUCAAUGGUGGCUGAGGAGACUUGAUUCCUCGCGCUCUUCCGGCAGAUUUUGGCCAGAGAGCGGCAGGACGUGCGACGAAGAGCUCCCUCGGCGGGAAGAGCUGGAGUGGCCGGUGCUGCAGCUGAACUUGCCGGAGGUGGCGGUAGUGCUGAAGCCGCCCUACUGGGAAGUGGACGCCCACGCGCCCACCACCGCGCCCGACGCGACAGCGCCACAUGAUGCCAAGUUGAGCAGCUUCUUGCAAGGCGUGGAAGGUUGGGAGGACUUCCCCUUGAUCUUCAGUGAGGAGCAUCAGUUCGGGAUCCUCCAUCGCUUGGAUUUGCCCAGCUCCGGCCUCAUCCUUGUAGGCAAGACCUUCCGAGGCUACUUCUCCUUGCGCUGGCAGCAAGAUACCUAUGACCUGGGGCGCAACUAUUUGGUCCUAUGCCACGGAGUGGUAGAGGAGCAGGUGGUGAAUGCGCGGCUGAAGACGACCAAGUCUAACCCAGUGUCCAGCUGUGUCAGUGCUUCAGGCAAACCUGCCUGGACUCACUUUCAGCCGUUGCUGCUGCUAUCCCGGGGCACCGAGAAGUACACCCUGCUCAUAGUGGUCAUUCGAACUGGAAGGACUCAUCAAAUCAGAGUCCAUGCGCAGCACAUAGGCCACCCCACCGUCGCCGACACCAAAUACGGUGGAGCGCUCGCGGCGGAGGACCUGCGUUGGUGCCCGCGCAACUUCCUGCAUCGCUUCCAGCUACGCUUCCAGGACCCAGCGGGUCGCCCCCACACGGCCUCCGCGCCGCUGCCGGGCGACCUGCGCGCGGCGCUGGCGCGGCUGCGGGCGGAGGGAGCGGAGGAGAUGUGGCGCAAGCUAUUGGAUGGCUGGAUUCCCUGAGUGAUUCCCACACCCCUUUUUUGCCGGUCGGAUCGGCUUCAACGGCGGUUCCAAAGCGAACCAAACAACUAAAACCGCAGGAAAAAACCGUCCAAUCACCAGCCAGUCUCCAGGUAUGUC